AUGAGUUAUAGUCGUCGACGGGUUCCUCUUGCCUGCACUUUCUGCCGCCAUCGAAAGAGACGUUGUGACGCCAACCGGCCAUCAUGUAGCAAUUGCAUCGAAGCCGAAGCAGACUGCCACUAUGCCGACUUGCCUGUGCGGAGGUUUGAAGCCGAUGACCCUUCUACCUCAAAUGCAGAGAUUCUGAACAAGCUUCAAGGAAUUGAAGGUCUGCUCGAGUCGCACGCCCAGAGCAUGGAAGUACUGUCUACAGAGAUCCAGUCACGACUGGCACUGGUGCCGAACCCCUCCAGCUCGCCCCUGAGCCAAACGUCCACCAUCGACGCGGUGUUGACGGCAUCACGUGCACAACGCUCGAAUGACAACGGGCCAACAUCCCCUUGGUUCUAUGAUGCUCCCGGUUUGCAGACCGGCGGAGCAGAUCUGCCCGUCCUUACGAUCCCAGCGAAGCACAUCACUUCGUCGAAUUACCUGCUGUGUUUGCCGGAGAUGAAGGCGCUGAUUGGGGAGUAUCCAACGAACCUCUUCUCCUCACUGGAGUCGAGGAACCCGCUACCUUCUAAGUUCAUAUUCGACGGGUGGCAGCCAAUGCAACCUAUAGUCCAUAUUGACCGCGAAAUCACUGAUUACCUCGUUUCGGUCUUCUUUUCAGAGGUCCACCCGUGCCAUCCCAUCUUGGAUCACGAUACGUUUUCGAGGAUCUACGCAAGGUUUUUGGAGACUGGAGUCGACUCCAGCGUCCAGAGCGCGCUUUGUCUGGUUGUACUUGCUCUGGGGUCAAUAGCAUUGCCUUCCGAUGGUCCACACGACUUUGAGACAAGCCUGCCGGGAAUGCAGUAUAUGCAAUCUGCAAUGCCAGCUUUAAUAGUAAUGUCUGCGUGGUCACUCGAAUGGAAUAUCUUGCUUCCUCAAGCAUUGGUACUCGCGAGCAUUUACUUUGCAUAUAUAGUCCGCCCUCUUCAGAGCUGGCGACUUGUAUACUCGGCUUCUACCAUUCUCCAAUUCAAGUUAUCCAGAUUACGAGCUCAGGAAGGGGACGCCUCUGAAAAAGAAGGUGUCCUCAGAUUGUUCUGGAGUUGUUUCCUAAUCGAGUGUGAUCGGCUUGCCGAACUCGAGUUACCACAGAGUGGCCUACAGCAACUAACGGACGAGGUGACUCUUCCGAGUUGUAACAACUUGAAUGAGACAGAGUCGACUUGCUACCUAGCAGAGAUCUCAAUUAGACGCCUACUCAAUCGAAUUCACAAUUCGCUUUAUCCCCAAAAGCACGCCACAUCUUUGAAUGCCUCCAGCCCAUCCAAUGCCUUUCCAUCUCCUGCCAUAUCCUCUAUUAGGGGUAUAUGCGACGAGCUGCAUCGCCAACUGAAUAUGUGGUAUGAGUCAAUCCCGGAAACUGUACGUCCAGCUUUAGACUUCAGUAUUACAGCGAAUGAUCGCCAACAAGUUCUUCGGAUUCGAUAUUACGCCACCAAGCAUAUCAUCUAUCGACCAUUUGUCCUGCACGUUGUUGCUUAUGGAGCCACCGAGCCAGUGGAUGAUAUUAUGGAGAAGUGUGAGAUUUGUCUAGAAGCCUGUCGAAUUUAUCUAUACAAUACUACAGAGAUCAUGAAGCGGGCUUCUCAGUACACAUGGACCUUCUCUUUAUCAUCCCUCGGCGCGAUCGUUGUUUUGACCCUUGCAUCACUAUGCCCCAGCUUGAAACGAUUUGUUCCCGACAUCCACGAGCUGCAGACCCGGGUAAUCGAGAACGUCAAGCCAUGGGCGUCGCCAAACUCGAGCCUUGAAGCAGUGAUUUCCAUAAUCCAGGAUAUCCGAAGGAAGCAGCGGAUGCUGGCCUCCGUCUGA